CAAACGUUGCCUGGUGCAUUCUUAGGUACGCUUUUAUCAAGUUUGUUCAUAUUAAUUUGAUUGGCCCCUUUCAGGGGCCACUAAAGCCAAAAAUAUAAAAAUCUUUGAACAUUUCCUACUGAAAUUAUUGAUAGAUGAUCACCAAAUUUUGUAGCAGUAUUACGUAGUCUUUUAUCAAGUUUGCUCAUAUUAAUUUGAUUGGUGCCGUUUAAGCUAAAGCGUAAAUGCCCAAGUCAUUGCAUUUCUUCAAAUUAAUGUUUAAACAUAUUCAAUGCUCAAAUUAGAUAUCAGAAAAUAUUGACAAUUAUGGAUAAUUUUAAACUCUGAAAAGAAAUUGUUCCUAAUGAGCGACUCAGGACCAUCAUGGCCCUCUUGUUUAUUUUCGUUCCUAAGUCACUCUUUGAAAUCUUUUGAUUUUUUUUUUUAUCCAAAGUAUCAACUUUGUUUCCUUUUGAAACAUAUUGAAAUUUAUUCAAAAAGAAAAUCUCUAAAUUGAAACCUCGUUAUAUUCAAAGCAAUUGACUUUGAUUCAAAAAAGUAAGAGCAUUAUUUAUAUUAACAACAUAUUUUAUAAAGCUGCACCUCCGAUUGCAAAUAAACCAUCGCCUGGAACCAUACGACGACGACGAAGGAACACAUGGCAUCAAAAUUAUGAUUAUGAUACGGUACAGUUUCGAGAAAUUGAGCAAACACAAAAACCAGGAUCUCCAAUUCUAAGUACAGAACGAGAUCAAGCAGCACACCCAGACCGUGUAUUUCAUGUACAAUCAGACCAAGAUAUGAUACUGGUACCUCAACAAAAGCCUGAAAAAUACAUAGCUUUGUACAAUUACGAACCAACAAUGCCGAGUGAAAUCGAAAUCAAGGCAGGAGAAAUUGUGACGGUUUGGGAAAAAUGUGAUGAAUGGUUCCGUGGUGAAGCAGGUGGGAGAUAUGGAUACCUCCCUAGGAAUUACGUUCAGAAGGCUGAAGAUAAUGAUCUAGCUGCACCUCCAAUUGGGAAGACACCUUCACCUGAUACGAUUCAGCUACGAAGGAGUAUGUUGCAAAUUAGAACGGAUACAAUAACCACUCAUUACGUACAUCUUCGCGACAUUGAGCAAAGACAAAUACCAGAUUCGUCAAUAUAUUUCGAAACAUUAGAUAUUUAA